UGUCAGCUUGACAACACCCUUAAAACCUUCUACUGAUGCCCUUGACUAACACGCGUGAGUCCGCUCAGCGCUUGUGAAUUAGUCCUGAACCGGUAGCUCGCUAAGCCAACGAGCUACAUUAAUAGAGGACGUGAGCUGAACCUGGCGGGAUAUCUCCUCGCUUCAGUCUACCUUCAGUCUACCAGGCUGCUGCACUUUGACCUGAGAGCCGGUUGAGCUCAGAUAAAAUGUCCGCUGGCACUAAGGCGCUGUCGUUGUUGGUGCAGCGGUGUGUCGCAGUGAGACAGCUCACGUUGUCGGCAGGGAGGAAAACAAGCGGCGACGUGUUUUCGGGCAGGUGUGGGAUCAUUCAGCAGCGAACAUGGACAUCAACAACCCGGACAGUGUGUCUGCCGAGACUCCGUCAGCUUCAGUCCUUAAUGAAAACCAGCCAGUCCGGCUUCUGUAGCAAGGCAGAAACACCUUUUGAUGAUGAAUACCCACCGCUGCCGGACUAUCAGCUUGAUCCCGAACCGUUGAAGAAGGAGGUAUACAUCAUGCAGGUGAGAGGUUUACCGUGGUCGUGCUCGGCUCAGGAACUCCUGCAGUUCUUCUCAGAGUGUAGGAUCCGUGACGGGGUGAAUGGGAUCCAUUUAGUUGUGGAUAAAAUAGGGAGGCCAAUGGGACAAGCUUUCAUCGAGCUUGAGCAUGAGGAGGAUGUCAACAAAGCUCUGGAUAAGCACCGACAGUUCAUCGGUUCACGCUAUGUUGAAGUGUAUGAAGUGACAAACAGAGAUGCUGAAGAAAUCCUGAAGAAACGAUUCGAUACUGAAGUUUGUGAACAGGUGGUGCGGCUCAGAGGUCUCCCCUUCAGCUCUACUGAGGCCGACAUCGUUCAUUUUUUUUCAGGUUUGGAUAUAAUAGAGAAUGGGAUCACCUUUGUCAAAGACUACAGCGGAAUGAGAAACAGUGGAGAGGCCUUUGUGGUAUUUUCUACUCAAGAAGCAGCGGAUGAAGCUCUGCAGAGAGACAGAGGUCUCAUCGGAAACCGAUACGUUGAGGUGUUUCCCAGCAAAAGCAGCGAGAUUGUUUCAAAAAAAACGUCAGCUCCUCCUCAGCCCAGCCCUCCUAGAACGACCAGGAGGCCUGCCUCACCGAUCAACACACCUCGACCUCAUAGUAGCUCGCCCCCCCAUUCUCUCUACAUCCUUAUGAGAGGACUUCCUUUCGGGGCUACCGGAGAAGACAUUGUUGGGUUCUUCUCUCCUAUUGCUGUGUCCAAGAUCCUGAUUGAACACGGCCCACAGGGCAACCCGAAUGGAAAGGCCAUGAUUUACUUCAGCUGCCACCAGGAUGCCAUAGACGCCAUGUCCAGAGACCGAGAGUAUAUGGGAGAAAGGUACAUCCAGUUAUUCCUGAAAACUGGACCAGAAUAGAAGGUAGAAGGUGAAUGGCGACACAAAGAUGCCAAACACAUAAACAAGACUAUUGUAUUCAUUUUCCAGCCUGCCUCGUAGACCAUACAAUAAAACAUCCCUGUUGUCAAAAGAGAAACGGCCUUUUGUCUCUCCUCCUCUCGCUACUUAUAAUAAAGUUGUAUUCUGCUCUGUAAUGUUAGUAAAGGUUAUUAAUGUUAAAACAUGCCUCAAAAUGCAUUUUUCUCUUGACACCCACUAAGAGAAUUCCUGUAAUGUGAAGACGCGGGGUACCUAAGAGCCAGGACACUCUACAAUAAUGUCUCAUGUUAAUUUAUUGGCUAUAUAAAUAAACAUGCAAUCAAUUUGUCUUAACAGCA